UACAUCGUCCAGUUAAAAAGGAAUGCAAACGCUUGAUAUAAGUAUGUAUGAAUACGACCACUUCAAGCGCUUUACAGAAACAGAGUAGCCGGUGACUGGCAUGUUUGUGACUGUUUGGAAAUUUUAGAACUCAUAAUGUUCCUGACACGUUCCGAGUAUGACAGAGGAGUCAAUACCUUUUCCCCAGAGGGGCGACUCUUCCAGGUGGAAUAUGCUAUAGAAGCCAUAAAGUUGGGAUCAACUGCCAUUGGUAUUCAGACAAGUGAAGGUGUUGUAUUGGCGGUGGAGAAAAGGGUUACCUCCCCAUUAAUUGAAACAACCAGUAUAGAAAAAGUAAUGGAGGUAGAUGAUCAUAUAGGUUGUGCUAUGAGUGGUUUAAUUGCCGACUCCCGAACAUUGAUUGACAAAGCUAGAGUAGAAGCCCAGAACCAUUGGUUCACCUACAAUGAGAAGAUGUCAGUGGAAAGUGUCACCCAGGCUGUCAGUAACCUCGCUCUACAGUUUGGGGAUGACGAUGCUGACCCAGGAGCCAUGAGUCGACCUUUUGGAGUUGCCUUGCUGUUUGCUGGGAUCGAUCAUAAGGGACCACAAUUAUUCCACAUGGAUCCAUCUGGGACCUUCAUCCAGUACGAUGCCAAGGCCAUAGGAUCCGGGUCCGAGGGUGCACAACAAGCUCUCCAGGAUGUAUACCACAAGUCCAUGACUCUGAAGGAGGCCUGCAAAAAUGCUCUGACCAUCCUUAAACAAGUUAUGGAAGAGAAACUCAACUCAUCAAAUGUUGAGAUGGGAACAGUGACACCACAAAAGAAAUUUCACAUGUGUACCAAGGAGGAACUAGAAGAUGUCAUUAAGGAUAUCUGAUCUCUGCCAAGUCCUAUGUCAUCAUUCAGUGCUUAUUCUCAUCUAUCCAUAAACACCUUCAUCAUUUCUGUGUUGACGAGUUUGACUUCAAUCACCCUGUGGAGCCUUUGUAUUGUUGUUACAUAUAUUACUACCAAGAGAAACUGAUGUCCAUGAACAGUUUCUAUGCCAGUGUUUUAACAUAGAAGGUUCCUUACUAUUAGAGACCUGCAGAAACAUACUGUGUAAGAUUUCUACAGAGUUACAGCUUAUAUAAACAGGAGAGACAGAGUGAUUUAUUAUUGAUGUUCAAGAGUUCCCCUGGCAGAAUUACAGUACUGGAAUAUGAUACUAGGCCAACUUCUGGUAGAUAUUGAAGGACUCAUGUAGGAAAACCAGAAAUGUACACACAUCAUGUUCAUAUUCAAUUGGAAAAAUUCCACAAGUUUCUUUUGUAUUGUACAAGAGAAAAUAAAAUUAUACUUUGAAACAAA